UGGUACCCUGCUGUUCGGGAUGAAAAGAUGUGCACAGAAUUUAGGCCCAGUGCUAAUUAACAGGGGGAAAAAAACAGUUUAUUUUUAGGUUUUUCCAUGAAUUGUGUAGCAUAGUCCGGUUUAAUAGCCUACUGUAUUCCUUUGAAUAACAAUGAGUAAAGUUAACAUCGAAAAGGGGGCGAAAGAUGGAGUAUUCGCGUGAAAACUUGGGAAUGAUUUUAUUGUCUCAGUAGACUGGUUGUGUCGAUGCUGGAGGCUCAUCGGAUUCACUGAGCGCACAUUCAUCCCUGGUGCAGUUUCUGCCUUUCUGUGCGCUCCUCGUGAUGCGACUUUUAGCCGACGCCUGCCCAGUCCGGGAAUGACAACUGCGAUCAGAGAAGUGCGUGAAAUCACACCAAACGCGGACAAUGUCCUAACUCAUCUGUCUAUGUCGUGGCUGAUGUGAGUGACCGCAACCUUCUUCAGUUUGGGAUUUAGCAGUAAUUUAUUCGUUGAACGUAGGACACGAAAUGAUAGAUUGAAAAAAAUAUUUUUGUCCUUUUUUUCUGUAUAAUGGGGUCCUCGGAAAUAGACAAAAGUCAAAGAUACCUCUCGCAGAUGACCUGUAACAAACUCGGUUCCCGGUUCAGCGGGACAAAGAGUCGCACAGCGCUAGUGAGCUUUCCGUGCGUAGAGCGUCCCUCGCCCGAAGGCGCCGGCGCUUCAGGUGAUGCCCACGGCGCCACACUGAAGACGGCCGAUUUCUCGUCCGCGGGUUGUCUGGUCGGUCCCUCUGGACGCACUGUCUCAGGAUUCAAACUGUCCUUGGAAUCCAUCGCCGGUUGUUCGGGAUACAACUCUAUCAAGUCCUUUGGGGUGAAAGACAAGACCCCGCCGAUACCCGACACGGGACUUCUGUGCGAAGAAUGUGUCGCCCGCGUGGAUGUCUUCAGGGAGAAAGCGCGAAGGCUGUUAACUGAAGGACACUUUUCUACCAACGACCCGAAACUCUCCGUUCUCCUGUGCGAGAGCCUGCGGGUGAGUGCCGAUCGCUGCGACGUCUGCUCCACACACCAGAGCCAGCUGAAGCAGGAGGCAGUGCGCACGCUCCUAACCCACGACCGCGCCAUCUGGCCCGGCUGUGUCCCUGCCAACGUCGCGCCUGGGAGCCCCGCCUUAGGGGCUCACACCCUACCCAGAGCUUGUGGCUCCCGCUUCCCUGACUCUAGCCCCCGCCAGAGGCCCCGCAGCCCGGACAAACACUGCUGGGUCACACAACCCACGCAUUUGCACACCUUGUGGCCUCUUUCUGAAUGUAAUGGAGUCUCUUCUUUCAGUCACACGAUGUCCCAGGAUGCUCUGAAUAAGAAGAAGGAGGAUGAGAAGGCUACAUCACCAGCCACGGUGCUCUGCCAGUUCAGUGGUCCCCUACACUUCAACACAUCCAAAGUCUCCACAAUGCUGCCUGCAGGAACCUCUGCUGCUGUCUCCUUCAUUGUCAGGGCUGUCCAGAAGCUGAACUUGACCUCACGACGGAGGAAGCAGCGCUCUGACGACCGCUAUCCAACCAACUUCAGUGCUCUUCUCCACAAGGCGCCUCCUCCUGUGCCCUCAAACCUCUUCCACAGUGCCAGCAAGGGCAGGGAGAUUCCAGAGACAGGGAAGGUUAAAGUGAUGUUGCGUGUCAGUCCGUUCCCCAGGGCAGACACGUCCCGGUCACAAGCUCUCAAACUGGACCUACGCAGGAGACAGGUCAUAGUAGUAGAACCCACCAACAAAAGCAGACACGGGCGUUUGUCUGAGGGCACUGCAUUCACCCCAAAGGCCUUCACCUUCGAUGCUGCUUUUGGCCCCGGGUCUUCCCAGGCUGAGGUGUGCGAAAGGAGUUUGCUUGAGGUUCUUCAGUCUGUGGUCGCUGGAUCUGAUGGCUGCCUUCUGAGCUUUGGGCAAACCAAAGAAGGAAUGUCUUACACAAUGAUUGGGCGGGAUGAUUGCACAUCAAGUGCUGGAAUAAUCCCUUGUGCCAUCUCUUGGCUUUUCAAGCUUCUUAACAAGAAGAAGGACAGAACAUGGGCAAAUAUUUCAGUAUCUGUGUCAGCUGUGGAAGUCUGUGGAGAGACCGAGGUCAUCAGGGACUUGCUGGCUGAUAUUGAGUCAGGCGAUCGCAAGGACACCCAUAAGUCAAACGUUUGUCUCCAAGAGGACCCUAUCUGUGGAAUAAAGGUUUGCAACAACAGUGUGCUGAGCGCUCCUACGGCAGAGAGAGCAGCUUUCCUGCUUGAUGCAGCUCUAGUGUCUCGGCGCACCGGCAUGGCAGGACAAGGCGGGACAUCCCUGCACAACUGUCACAUGUUCUACACCCUUCAUGUCUGCCAGAAACACAUAGAGUGUAGCACCAAAUCGGGAAUGUAUGUGGACCAAAGCAAGCUAAGCCUAAUUGACCUGGGUAGCUGUAUGAGAGAGAGCAAUAAGACCAAUACAGCAGUGUGCCUUGUUGACCUUGGUAAUGUCAUUAUGGCCAAGCUGAGUGGGCAUAAACAUCUCCCUAACAAGGGAAGCAAACUGGCCAUGCUUAUGCAAGAAUGUCUGGGCAAUGUCAACUGCUGCACCACAAUUAUAGCCCAUAUUUCCACGUCACAUGAAGAUGUCUCAGAGACUCUUUGCACCAUUCAGAUUGUCUCUCAGAUUCGGAGAUUACAAAAGAAGACCAGGAAAUCUGCUUCCAGCUCACCUGGCGGAAGAAGCUUGGGCAAAGAAAGGAAAAUGAACACUUCCCCCAGACUAAGAGCAUUUCGGUCUACAGGUACAUUAAAUCGUGAUUUCUCUCUGCCUAGCCUCUUCGAUGACCCAGAAGAAUGCUCUGGAAGUGACAAGUCAUGUGAUGCUGUUAUCUGUGUGGAUCCAAAUGGGUGUGCCAAUUUGGACCAAGAGGUCAAUGCAAGUCAAGAGUUUUUGCCAAUAAUUCCGUCCUUGCAAAGGAGCAAGGGAGGCUUAAAAGUGUCUACCUCUACAAAGCACUGUGAUCUCUUAUGGCCAGCAUCUCAAAACCCACGUGCACCAAAAAUGGAAACAAAAACUCAGACCACUCAACAAAAAUCAUUAGGGUGUGGUAUUCCUGACUUGGAGUGCCUCAAGUGUAACACCUUUGCGGAGCUGCAGAAUCGAUUGGUGUGCAUAGAUGGAAUUGAUGUGGCUGGUGUGAAUUCUUGCAAGGAGCAGGCAGCUAAUACUGUGAUCAUAUCAGAACCUCUCUCAGGCAAAACCACUAAAAUCCAUACUGAACAACCAGAGAUCCAAGGGUUUCCAAGAAAAAAAGACAUUCAUGACAAAGGAUUAGGAUAUUCCAUUCAGAGAAAUACCCCAAUGAAGAACACAGCGGAAAGACCUUAUAGUCAUAUUAGUCAAACAAAAGCAGUUCCAAAGAUUCUCCAUGGUUCCUCAAGGCUUGUUAAUAACUCUAUAAAGUGUAAACAAACAUCUGGACCUAGUGAAACUGAAACAAUGCACAUGACUCCUUCCUUACAGCCGCCAAUAGAAGGACUGUCAUCAGAAGACUCCACUCUGCCCCCUAAGGUUCGGAUCUCUCCCCUAGGUAAAAGUUCCUCAACCUUGUCUGCUAGCCCUGCUUCUUUUCCUAUCACUCUUAAUGAAGUUCCCAUGGAGAACCAAAAGGAAAUGAAGGCCACAAUCACUGUGACAGUUCAGCAGCCACUGGAUCUGAAUGGACAUGAUGAAGUUGUAUAUUCUGUGGUUGAGGAAGUGACAAUCAGUGGGGCAGUUAAUAAAAACAAACAUGCAAAAAUAGCUAAUAUUACUGACUCCAAUUCUUCUAAGAGCUUGGCAUCAGAAUUGCAACCUGUGAUGAUUAUCAGUAGUGUAGGAGGAGAACAGGCUGCAGCUGAUUCUGAAUCGCAACUUCAGUCUUUAGAAAAAAUAUAUAAGACCUCAGGGUUAUCUGAAGGCAAAGCCAUUCCUUUGGCUCCAAACUUUGUUGUCAACCCACAGAUUGACAACAACACUUCUCAGCUUGGUAAUAGCUCAGAAGAGUCUCAGAAUAAAAUUCAGAAUACCAUGAAACAUGUCUCGGAAGGACCCAUUACCCAGUAUGAGGUUUUAAAUUUCAGAGAGCACUCAUGUGAGAUUAGACUAGAUCAGAAUGCUACUAAGCGAAAGUGUAACCAAGGUAACAGGCAAAAUUCUAAAGAGAGCAGUGGCAGCUUCUCUCCAGUUAAUCAGAUGUUAGCAGAUGGUUACAGGAUAGAACCACAAAAAGAUCCAGUUAGUAGUUGCUUUGCCCAUGGCACAAGCAGUCCUACAAGAGGCUGGCUCAGUACAGAAAAACAGGAUGACCACAAAGACUCCCUUCAUACCUCAAUGAAACGGGACAGGGAGUCCAAGUGUGGAAGCUCAAGAACAACACUCGAACGAAAACUGUGUCCCGUCAAACAUGGUUUCAUGGAAUGGGCAGGAGAAAGAGACUCAAGCCCACCAGUGCAGAAACCAGAUAAAAACAGCCCCAAUAAGAGAAACAGAAAACCCUUUAUGACUUCAUGCCUAGAGUUAGACCGACCCAUCCCAGACAGUAAACACAACAAAAAUACCCCCAAAUCCCCCGUUGAGGACAGCAGUAAGCUAUUUAGUGCAAAACUUGAACAGUUAGCAAGCAGAAGCCGAUCCCGGGGUAGAUCACGUUUAGACUGCUUUGAAUUCAGAUUCGUUGAGCAGUGCACUAAUGUUUGUAGUCAGGACUGUUCAGGAAGAUUGGUGGGUGGUGGUACCUUACCAAGGGUCACCAAGAGACAUUUUGAGCAUGGCCAUUACAUGGCCUUGGGUUCUAAAGGAAAUUUGGAGGGAAACUAUGCUCAGGCCAAAGGUAUGACCCCACUGGCUGAGAAGACCUAUGAAGAGGACCUAUCUCAGGCUAGCUGUAGUCUCAAGAUAGUUCCAAGGUUUCACCCUAUGCACAAUGUUGUUGACAGUGAUACACCCCAGCCUUCCAAACCAAGUCAGUCGAAAAUGUCAAAUGAAAAAAAAAUGUUGCCCAGUCCCAAGAUGUCAGGAACUAUACCCAAGAAUUCAUGUGUAUCUCCCAGAUCUACCAGGCACUCAAUUAAUAGGAGCUCAAGCCUUUCUCCUGAUGGAUUCUCUGUGAAAAAAAUCUCAUGGUCCUCUCAGUCUUUAUCUCGAAAGCAAGGGAAAGCUUCUAUCUCUUCUAAAAAUCCUGGCAGAGCCCUGAAUGGAAGGGUUGAGCUACUUAGAACAGGUGGAGAUUCUCUCCGCAACUCCAGCCAAAGUAGCUUGGACACUGAUGACCCUGAAGAAUCAAACGAAAAACUGAAAUUGUUGACUCGCCCCUUACCUUCCCCAUACAGUAGAAUCACAGCCCCACGUAAACCGAGCCACUGCAGCGGGAAUGUCAGUGACAACACCAGUGUUCUAAGCGGGGAGCUUCCCCCGGCCAUGUGUAAGACUGCCUUGCUGUAUCAUCGCAACAGCACAGUCAGCAGCGGCUAUGAGAGCUUGAGAAGGGACAGUGAGGCCAUGUGCAGUAGCACAUCAACACAUGACUCCAUCAGUGAUCACAGCUUCUUCUUCAGCUCACCAAGAAGUUCCAAGAAAAGAAACAGUGCAGCAUCUCAUCAAAGACGUUCAUCGCAGGAUACCGUCCUUUCUGAAAGGAGGUCUGCAAGUGGGUCUAAAAUCUGCUGGGUAGAUCGGGGAACCUCAGAGUCAUAUGAAAUCAAAGUCUAUGAAAUUGACAGCGUGGCUGGAUUGAAGAAGAGAGGAGAAACAGGGAACAAGAGUGUGGUCUGUUUCAGUGCCAAGCUAAAAUUCCUGGAGCACGAAGAGCAGAGGAUUGUGGAGGUGAGGGCCAAGUACACCAACCUAAAGAGAGAGAUAGAACUAGUCAAGCAGCAUCUGAUAGUGGAUCCACUGAAAAGGACUCUUGACCUUUGGCAGACAUUUGAAGGUGACUCCCUAGAGCAGGGAGAAGCAUUGGAAUUGGUGACCAAGUGGCUGGAGAGUUGAAUUAGCCUUUACAAGGCCAGCGUCCUGGUGGUGACCUGCUUUGGUGCCACACCUAAGCGCCGGAAGAAGAGACACCUCGGGCCACCUGUGGAUUAUAAACAUCUAACGGGGACGCAGCAUAGACAGCAAUUCAACAAACUUCCCACUCCAUUUAAUAAUGCACAGAACUGAUAUUUACACAACACUGUCAGAAACACCUCUAAAAUUCCAUUAAUGUCUUUAGGCCAAGUUUCACUGGUGCUGAUCAAAUCAAAUUUGGAAAACAAAGCUGUUUUGGCCUUUGCUAAGGCUUGGACACAGGUCAAAGCAACAUACGGGAGCACAGGGCUACAAAUGAACCUGACAGAUGGAGGUCCUGAGCCAACCAAUGAGAUGAGUUGGUGAAUUCCUGAGCUCCUGGUUUGCUUCUGCAGCCAUGCUAACAGCAUUCUCAGUGCAUUACUGUGAUAAUGUACCCUCAUCUAUCACUCAGAGGUUGGUCAACAAUGCCAGUUAACAACAUUAACCACAAUGUCUUUGAGUCUUUUUCUCAUAACAUAAAUUUCAGUUUUCAGUUAAUGAUUUUGUGCAUUGCCACACUAAUGUUUUUCAUAUGCAAAAAUGUACAAGUCUUAUUUAAAUGGGCAUUAUAUUUGCAGAACGAUAAAAUGUACAUAUAGAUGCAUGUGUAGUGACCACUCAUUCUAUUUUACAUUUGCGUAGAAAUAGCCUCAUACUGCUCAUGUUUGUUUAACCUCUCUUAUUAUGUUGCUUUUCAUGCAUAUUCACUAAGUGAUUCUUUCCUCUCCUUCAUUAACCAAACAGCAGUGAACGUAUGUCCUUCACAAAAAACGACAUAUUAAACGUAUGUUGUUUUUAACCUAAGUUCACUGCAACCUAAUUCAAAUGUACUAUGUAUCCUCUACAGACCAACCUAUUGUGCUGUCCGAAGGAAUGUUGCUCACCUGAGGUGGGGGGUGGGGGGUGGGGUUAAAUUCAGAGAACCGGAGAACAAGGCCAAAUAAAGUUUGAGUUCUCCUUCUUCUUCCAGGACACUGUAUGUUCCUCUCUGCUCCUGUUCCUGCCAGUGGGUUCCUGUCAUAUUCCCCUUGUUGCCCAAACUCCUUAUUUAUUCUCUAAGCUAAAAGCUGCUGAGGGUUAAACAUUUACUACUGUCUAUUACUCUUUUCUUUUGUUUUUGUAAUCAGGAGAGAAAUUAGAAAUUGUAGAAACUCAAAGGUAGUCUAGACAUGAAAUAAAGUUUGUAUG